AGCAGUGCCGCAGCUCCAAAUUGUAGUUGGGCAAAAUACAGAAGACCCGCUUCCCAGUACGGAUUCCUUCAACCCUCCGAUUAGCGGUCGGCAGAGGCCUGGGUUUAGGGCUGAGCACCCCUUUCACAUGGGACCUGCGGAGACUUCAAGUGUGCUGGCCCCUUGCGGGGGUGGAGGAGCUGAGAUCCACCAGCCGCCGGCCAUGCCCGACUCGACUCCCCGCGGGUCCCGCUCGCAUCCUAGCCCUGGUCUCUUCUGCGCAGUCUUCAGAGAAGUCGGGACGUCUGCGUUAUGCUUCGCUUUUGGACCUCAGUUUCCCCAAUUGUGGGAGGAGGCAGCUGGGCGAUUGCUGAAAGCACUUCCCCUUGCUUCCCUGGCAGGUGGAAGGGAGCUCACGUGGCGCCUGCAAAAGGAAAGCCAGCGAGGGCAGUUUGGGCUGGGGCGGCCCGUCGGACCCGGCAGGAGGGAUUCCAAAGAGACCGCCAGGGAGCCUAGGGCUUGAAUUCCCGCUCCUCGGAGCCCUGCCCGGGCCGCCCCUCGGAGCUCCGCACACCUUGGAUGGGGCAGGCAAGCUGCUCCCAGCCCCGCACCCCAGGAGGCACGCUCGGAGGGAAGCCGCCACCGCGCCGCCUCUGCCUUGGCGCGGAACAAACAGUUAAAGAUUUUGGGCAGCGCCUCGCGGGGGGAGGAGCCAGGGGCCCAAUCCGCAAUUAAAGAUGAACUUUGGGUGAACUAAUUGUCUGACCAAGGUAACGUGGGCAGCAACCUGGGCUGCCUAUAAAGCGGGCGCGCGGCGGCUUUUGGAGCGCUGGCAGCGGCAGCAGGUGGCGCGGGAGGCCGAGGCGUACCAUGGGGCUCCCUGCGCUGCUGGCCAGUGCGCUCUGCACCUUCGUGCUGCCGUUGCUGCUCUUCCUGGCCGCGAUCAAGCUCUGGGACCUGUACUGCGUGAGCAGCCGCGACCGCAGCUGCGCCCUCCCCUUGCCUCCCGGGACUAUGGGCUUCCCCUUCUUUGGGGAAACAUUGCAGAUGGUGCUGCAGCGGAGGAAGUUCCUGCAGAUGAAGCGCAGGAAAUACGGCUUCAUCUACAAGACGCAUCUGUUCGGCCGGCCCACGGUGCGGGUAAUGGGCGCGGACAACGUGCGGCGCAUCUUGCUCGGAGAGCACCGGCUGGUGUCGGUCCACUGGCCCGCGUCGGUGCGCACCAUUCUGGGCUCAGGCUGCCUCUCCAACCUACACGACUCUUCGCACAAGCAGCGCAAGAAGGUGAUUAUGCGCGCCUUCAGCCGAGAGGCGCUCCAGUGCUACGUGCCAGUGAUCGCGGAGGAAGUGGGCGGCUGUCUGGAGCGGUGGCUGAGCUGCGACGAACGCGGCCUCCUGGUCUACCCCGAGGUGAAGCGCCUCAUGUUCCGCAUCGCCAUGCGCAUCCUGCUGGGCUGCGAGCCCCGGCUGGCGGGCAGCAGGGACGCGGAGCAGCAGCUGGUGGAGGCCUUCGAGGAGAUGACCCGCAAUCUCUUCUCGCUGCCCAUCGACGUGCCCUUCAGCGGGCUGUACCGGGUAAGGGCUGCAAGGCGGAUGCGGAGUGAAGGGCGCGGGAACGGGCGUUUGCUGACCGCCGCGCGCUCUCUGCGCUCAGGGCAUGAAGGCGCGGAACCUCAUUCACGCGCGCAUCGAGGAGAACAUUCGCGCCAAGAUCUGCCGGCUGCGGGCGGCCGAGUCGGGCGAGGGCUGCAAAGACGCGCUGCAGCUGUUGAUCGAGCACUCGUGGGAGAGGGGAGAGAGGCUGGACAUGCAGGCACUAAAGCAAUCUUCAACCGAACUCCUCUUUGGAGGACACGAAACCACGGCCAGUGCAGCCACAUCUCUGAUCACUUACCUGGGGCUCUAUCCACAUGUUCUCCAGAAAGUCAGAGAGGAGCUGAAGAGCAAGAACCAUGGAGAUUUUCAGAUAGGUUCUACUUUCCCGGAUUUGUCUGUCCAAGGGGUUUGCUUUGCAAGAGCAAUCAAGACAACAAGUUGGACAUAGAAAUUUUGGAACAACUUAAAUACAUUGGGUGUGUUAUUAAGGAGACCCUUCGACUGAAUCCCCCGGUUCCAGGAGGGUUUCGGGUUGCUCUUAAGACUUUUGAAUUAAAUGGAUACCAGAUUCCCAAGGGCUGGAAUGUCAUCUACAGUAUCUGUGACACUCACGACGUGGCAGACAUCUUCACCAACAAGGAGGAAUUUAAUCCUGACCGAUUCCUGCUGCCUCACCCAGAGGAUGCAUCCAGGUUCAGCUUCAUUCCAUUUGGAGGAGGCCUUAGGAGCUGUGUAGGCAAAGAAUUUGCAAAAAUUCUUCUCAAAAUAUUUACAGUGGAGCUGGCCAGGCAUUGUGACUGGCAGCUGCUAAAUGGACCUCCUACAAUGAAAACCAGCCCCACUGUGUAUCCUGUGGACAAUCUCCCUGCUCGAUUCACCCGUUUCCAGGGGGAAAUCUGAUGGGCACGAAUGCUCAAGCCUCAGACUUACUGGAAAUGUACAUACGAGUUUUUAUAUAGUGUCGUGUGGACUUUAUAUUUAAUUUCUAAAUGUAUAUUAUAAUAUUUAUGUGUCUCUACUAUAGUAACAUGGUCCUUAAUAUUAAAAUAAUGAAUUUGUAUAAUUUCCAAAUAAAGUAAAAUUUGAAGGUG